AUGGAGUUUCUCACUUUCUUGUAUUGCUUGGGUCUUCCUCUUAUUGCUAAGGAGCAUGUGAGUUGGAAGCCAACACUGCAGGUUUGCCACUUCGCGAAUUGCUUGAUUGAAGCCAGGAAUGAGUUAAAGCACAAGUCUGAGAUCAAUCAACGGAAAUUUUCAAUAACAAAGGCUCUACUAUAUAAGGCAGACAGGUCUUCAUUUGACCGCCUUUGUCAACAGGUUUACAAGCUAGAGGCAGAACAAAAGCGGUUAGAGGAGGAUGCAACUGUCUAUAAUCGGCUCCAACAGCAGCUAAAGCUCUCUCCGGCAUACAAGAAGAUGCUUGAAAUUGGUUCCCUUAUGGAGUUGGAGGCUGGUUCUGAUCAACUGGUAGAAAGCACAGACACAGAAUUUGCGGACAUCUCCUUUGAGGAGUUGCUAGCUCAAGAAAAGAAGGAUGCAUUUUGGCAAAAAAAUGGAAAGCUGAGGUCAUGCACAAGAAGUUAAUGGCCAUGUUCUUUCAGCUGACUGGUGCUGCUUUUGUACCCUGAUUCUACUAGUUGAGCAGUAUGUACAUCCAACAGUGUCAAUUUUUGCACAGAUGUUGUGUUUUUUGACAUGUUCUCUGGUAGGGGUUCACCUAUUAUGUUUUCACAUCUGUAGGUGUUUGGUCCUCUGUAACAGCCAAGAUUUUGCAUUUUGGAGAAUAGAACACCACUGAUAGUCUGAAAUACAACACUCUGCAUACCAUGUUGUACAGAAAUAUAAAACUUUUUAGGGCUGAAAA